CAAUCACCUACCAGGGAGCUUUCCUGCUGGGGAUUCAGCCACGCUGCGUAGCACAGGUCGAGCCUCGCCAGUCGCGAGCAUUUCAGCGGCGACCGGUCAACGCCGGAGAGAUAGAAGCAGGACGUUUAGAAGGGUUUCGAUUUCGAAGUCUUUGGAUCAGUCACUCCUUGAGCCUUACUGAUUUUCGUGGCUGGGCUACAUUGAGCGUGACUCGCUGCAUUCAUACGAAGUAGACUCUUUGGGCUGGGAAGAAAUUACUUUUCGUUCUCCUCAAUAAAAUCUCUCACCUCGUAGAAUCAUGUUUGCACGGAUAGCCUCGACAGAUUCAUGUGGUUACCAGCAACGCCGAUUAAUCUGCUUUUGAGGCGCCUCAAAAGUUACCAGCAACGCCGAUAAUCCCAAUGCGAAUAAACAAGUUCGACAGAGUCAAAAGCAGAUUUCCGGAAUUCCUGUCAUCCUAUGGCAGAGCCUGCUUUGACAGCUCUCCAGGAACCAACGUAGCUUCCGUAUGACUCCUUUCAUUAGCUUGACGCCGUCCGGUUUCCCUUUCCGUACGCUUUCCGCGCUCCUGUCAGAUCCGUUACUGUUAUAAGAAAUUACGAAGACACGAUGCGUUUCACAGCCCUUGUCUCCCUGUUUUUCGUUUAAAGAAAUCGCCGCAUUUUCGACUUCCUCCGUGCAGUUAGUCGGUUCUCGGCUCCCUAGCAUUCACGGGAAAAGAUGGUCGUUAGCAGCUUUCAAUGGUGCGAGUAGAAGUAAAACGCGGCAGCAGCCAAUUGUGACCCUAAACCGGAAGCAGCACAGUCGCGUAUACGUGCUCCAGGAGUAUUUUUGCUGCUUUUAACUAUAGAAGCUCGGCGUGUACUUAUUAAGACAGCCGCAGUACACUCUCGAGAGGAUCUGCAAUAGCCUGCUAUAGCACUUAAGAAUCGCCAGCACAAGCAGUUGGGUACAGAAUCGGCAGGUUUCUGAGACUGGAGUAGUUGAAACCAGGGGGUGAACACAGCAGCUGAUUACUCUAGGAGGUGGGAGUAGUAAGCAGACACGCAGGCGAGCAGGGAAGCAGGCGAGCAGGGAAGCAGGCGAGCAGGCGAGCAGGCGAGCAGGGAAGCAGGCGAGCAGGGAAGCAGGCGAGCAGGGAAGCAGGCGAGCAGGCGAGCAGGCGAGCAGGGAAGCAGGCGAGCAGGGAAGCAGGCGAGCAGGGAAGCAGGCGAGCAGGGAAGCAGGCGAGCAGGGAAGCAGAGAUGGUGUUUGGGAAGCGCAAGGACGAGAAAGGGGGUUUUGACAUUGAGUUCUCCAACGAUGACAUCUCCUCAAUCUACACCGAGCACUCCAGCUCCGGCAAAUUUCUGGACAAGUACAGUCUACCGGACAUGCAGGCGAUGCUGCAGGAGCUGGGGGUGAUGGCGAAGCUGAGAAGGAGAGGGCACGAUGCGGUGAAUAUUGAGCUCGACCUCACAGACCCCUUUGUGCACAAGAUGCUGUGGACCACGCCAGCAGCACCAGAGCCUCUGUGCGAGUGUGCUCUGCGCAUUCUCUCGUCCACGUCCCUGCUGCACGCGGUGCGGCCCAGUGAGGUGAUCGGCAGGGGAACAGCAGUGCUGAAGGCGUGGGAGGGCGGGUUGGGCGAGUACCAGCCUCUCAAGCUGCUGCUGGUCGACUGGCUUCUGCUGCAGGACCCCCUGGCGCCCUGUGAUGAGACCCUAUUGCCCGGCCAGCAUAUGCCUGGGUUGGGAGUGGCCAUCGAAUUCGGCAAAUUGCUAUACCGCAUGGCACAGGAGGGGGAGUUUGAUGCGGUGGUGAAUCGACCGCUGCACUUCCACAACGCAGUCAUGUACGCCCCCACAGGCAACCUCUUCCUCAACCCCCAGGUGGAGGCUCGGUUUCGGGUGCUCGUGCGAGAUAUGGAGCGAGAUGUGCUGGCAAAGUCCCUUGCUGACGUGUCACACACCAUCCAGUGUGCUGGUCUGAGGCUCGCUGUUCCAGCCACAACCGGUCCAACCAGCAGCCCCGCCAGCAGCACACCAGAUACCACCUCCCCCAGCUCCACCCCGGAUAAAGCCUCCCCAGGCACUGCCCCAGAUGCCACCUCCCCCAGCAGCCCCUCAUUGAGAAUCAUCACCUGGACAGCCGAGGAGCAGGCCAACCCUGUGUCAGAGAGGAUGAAGGCCUACCUGGCAUCGGAGGCCUACCUCUCAUUGGUGCAGCGGGACUCGCAUGGGAUCACAGCCAAUGAGCAUCUGACACGUGUGCGCUCCAUGCUGCAGAAUGGCCGGCGCAUCUCCCUCAGCAGCAGCGGCAGGGAGAUAGCAAAUGGGGGCAGUGGGGACAGUGGGUGGGGGGUUGGGAAUGGGAACAAUGGCAGGGAUGUUUGGAACGAGAAUGGGAGCGUGGUCAGCUCUGAUCGUGGCAGGGAGCUGGGGAGCGGCAGAGAUGUGAAUGGGAACAGUGGGAGGGGGAGUCGCAGUAACAGCGGCAGGGAAGCAAAUGGUAGCAGCGAGAGGGAGGGCGGUGGUAGUGAUAGGGAGAGCAACGUUAGAAGUUGUGGAAAUGCUGGGGGGCUGCACACAGAUGGAGACGUUACAGAUGGUGACGGUGGUAACCAGGUCAAGGUAUGGUGCCCGACCUUUGGGUUAGACUCUUUGGAUGGAGUGGAGAGCCAGGAGGCAGUUAAGAAGCGCAUCGACGGAGGUGUGCCUGUGUGGGAGGUGGUUAUUUAAAGCUGGCUGUUUGCUGGAGAGAAGAAACUGCUUGGGGCGAUUGGGUUUGGGAUGGUAGCCAGGUCGAGGCACGGAGGCCUAUCUUUGGGUUGGUUGGAGAUCUAGGAGGCAGUUGAGGCAGAUUGAGGGAGAAGUGCCAGUGUGGGAGGUGGAUAUUUGAACGAAUAUACAGGCUUAGUACGAAUAUACGGUGGAGAUCGUACCGUUACAGGCUUCUGCGGGGCUUGGUGAUUUUGUGAAAUUGAUCUUUCUGUAAUAAUUUGACAGGUGUUGCAGGAAACUAUGUGUAGGGUCUGCAAACACAUUCACUUGGAAAACCUCAAGUGUUAGCCUAGGAUCUUUGCUGGAAUGGUAGACUAGUAAGACAGCGGAAUUCUUGUAAAAGUGAAUCUGAGUAUAAC